AUGCGAUUCAUGACCCCUAGUCUCCUGGGGCUUCUCGGCGUGGCCUCCGCCGUCGUUCUCCCUGUCGCUCGCAACACGAGCGUGGAGGCGGUUGAGAACCAGGUCACCCCUGAGAGCAGCGAGGUGGCCACCGACUUUAUGAGCGUGCGCGACAAGAUCGUCAAGGAAUAUAAGAACGUGGACGAGAUCCCCACGGCGAAGUACUUCACUGAAUCCUCCUUCCACUAUCACUAUGAUGGCCGAUUUGCCGAUCGGCCCCUCCCUGACUACAAGGUCAUUCCCUACCUCUCCGCCCUGAUUCAAACGUAUCUGAAGACGAUGGAAUCCAUCGGUGCGGAGACCUGGAUCAUGCACGGAACGCUGCUGGCCUGGUGGUGGAAUCAAAAGGUACCGCAAACCCAAUGCCUUCAACAACCGUGGGAAUCCGGCCAUGUGCUAACCACCCGCCAACAGAUCUUCCCAUGGGACAACGACCUGGACGUGCAAAUUUCCGAACCGACAAUCCACUUCUUGGCGGAUUACUACAACAUGACGGAGCACCAUUUCCACAUGCCCGACGAAGACAAGGGCCGCUCUUACUUGCUGGAGAUCAACCCUCACUAUGUGGUCAAGGAUACGCGCGACCGGCUGAAUGUGAUCGAUGCCCGCUGGAUCGACAUGUCCUCCGGUCUCUUCAUCGAUAUCACGGCGGUACGCAAGGAUGACGCGAAGCGCAGCGGCGGUCAAACCGAGGCGCUAAUGUGCAAGGAUCGCCACCAUUAUCUCGAGAGCCAGAUUUGGCCUCUGCGCGAGAGCUACUUUGAAGAUGUCCCUGUCAAGAUUCCCUAUGCCUACGUUGAGCUACUGGAGGAGGAAUACGGCGCCAAGUCGCUGACCAACGCCGACUUCCAUGAGUACGUUUUUUUCGGUCUUCCUGAGUAUUUCAACCUCAUCCUAACAUCCACCAGCCACCAUUUCAACGAGAAAACCAAGAUCUGGGACGAAGUCAAGAAGCAGGCAAGGCGCUUUCUCCGCCGAGCCUGGGGCAGUAACACCAACACUAUCCCUGUUCGCUCGGGACUGCCCACUCGCCAGAACACCGUUUAA